AUGGAAAUAUCUAAACCUCCUACUCCACUAAAUAUUGUUGGGAAACCACCACUUAGAAAUGCCAAUGUACAUCAUCACAAGACAGCUUUGGUUAGUGUUGAUCCCAUUACUCUAGCAAUUAACGAAUGCAUGAUUAUGGCAUCAGCUAUGAGGAAACUGAAUCGAUGGGCACAAGGUGGUGCAGCAGCAUUGUUUUCAUCAGGUGAUAUAUUUGGUGAUGAUGAUGAUGAUGAUGAUGAUGAGCAAGUAGAGGAAGUGGAAGAGGACAACGACGGCGACACAGGAGAAGAAGAAGGAGGAGUAGUAAAAGGGGAGCAAAAUGGUUCAUCAAAUAAUUUGGGUAUCAAAGCAACUAAUCUUGAUCGUCCUAAUGCUAGUACAAAUGUUGCAGUUUCUCCUCGCAAAUCUUCUACUACUCAAGGCAAUCCUCUACUUGCAUCAUUUUUACAAUUGAAAUCAAUAUUAAUUGACACCAAGAACAUUUAUGAUAUUGAUAGUUUAACAUUAUUACAACCUUUUUUAAUGGUCAUAAAAUCAUCAUCAACUUCAGGAUAUAUUACUGAAUUGGCAUUAAAUACCAUUUCAAAAUUUUUAAAUUAUGACAUUAUAUCUUUCAAAUCGAAAAACUUACAAACAUCAUUAAUUCAAAUAAUUUCAUCUUUAACUCAUUGUCGUUUUGAAGCUGCCGAUCAAAAUUCCGAUGAUGCUGUUUUAUUAAAAGUGUUGCGAUUAUUAGAACGAAUUAUUGAAGAUGAAUUAUCAAGUUUAUUACCUAAUGAUGUUGUUUCAGAAGUUGUUCAAACUUGUUUAUCAUUAGCAUGUAAUAAAAAGAGAAGUGAAGUUUUACGAAGAGCAGCAGAAAUGUCAAUGGAUUCAAUGACAGUUGAAAUUUUCAGUAAAUUAAAAGAUGUUGAUCCAGAAUUAGAUAAUGGUGAUGAUUUGCAAACUAAUUUCUCUGAUACGAUAUUACCUGAAGAUAGAAUAGGUGGUACUGAUGCUCCAACAGAAAUAAAUAGUCCAAGAAAUCUGAUUUCUGGGAAAGAAAAUAUUUUAAUGGAAGACAACGAUGAAGAUAAAUCAGAAGAAAAUCAGAAAAAACAAGAAACCCUCCCACAAGAACCCAAGGAAAAGCUGGUUGAUGAAACAAAAGAUAUUAAACAGAAAGAGGAAACACAUGUUGAAACCUCAUCUAUAGUGGAUAAUUCAGAGAAAUCGGAAUUUGAUGUAUAUUCCAAUGAGGAGCCUUAUGGAAUUAUUUGUAUUAAUGAAUUCUUGGGGAUUUUAGUAUCAAUGAUUUCUCCUUCAAAUCAAUAUCAACAUAUGGAAAGUACUCGAGUUUUUGCAUUAUCUUUAAUAAAUACUGCCAUAGAAGUUGCUGGAAUUGAAAUUCCUAAACAUCCUUCUUUAUUGAAUCUAGUCACUGAUCCUAUUUCCAAACAUGUUUUACUGAUUAUAACUACCACUGAAUCCCCAGCACUUUUACGAGCUUCAUUAAAAUUGUUUACUACUAUCACGAUAGUUUUAGAUCAACAUUUUAAACCACAAUUUGAAUUAUCAAUAUCAUUGAUAUUUCAAUCGAUUCUCCCACAAUCAGAAAUACAAAUGAAAGGAUCGUCACAUAUGUCAUUUAGAAAUCCAAUUUCUAAAGAAAUUUUGAUUGAAUCAUUAAGUUUAUUAUGGAUAAGAUCACCAAGUUUUUUCACCAAUUUAUUUAUUGAUUAUGAUUGUGAUUUUGAAAAAUCCGAUUUAGCAAUCAAUAUAUUACAAUAUUUGUGUCGAUUAUCAUUACCAGAAUCAGCUUUUAUGACUACAGAUAAUGUUCCCCCUUUAUGUUUAGAAGGAGUACUUUCAUUCAUUUCUGGAAUAAAUGAAAGAAGUAAAAAAUUUAAAGAAACCAAACAAAAUAAUGAUCUUGUUGAAAAAAGGAAACAAAAAAUUGCUUUUAUUCAAUGUACAGAAUUAUUUAAUGAAAACCCUAAACAGGGGGUUAAACAAUUGGCAAUUGAUGGAUUUAUUAAAGAUGCUAAUGAUUUGAAAGAAGUUGCCAAUUUUUUAUUUUCUAAAUCAGGUAGAUUGAAUAAAAAAGUUUUAGGUGAAUUUUUAGCUAAACCUAGUAAUUCAGAAUUAUUUGGUCAUUUUAUUGAUUUAUUUGAUUUCCAUGAUAUUAGAGUAGAUGAAGCUUUACGAGUUUUAUUGAAAACAUUUAGAUUACCUGGUGAAUCUCAACAAAUUGAAAGAGUUGUGGAAAGAUUUGCUGAAAGAUAUGUUGAAUGUCAGGCUCAAGGUCGCAUUAAUCCAGAUAAGUCUACUAGUGUUGAAACUGAAGUGGUUUCUCCUGAUAAGGAUUCAGUUUUCAUAUUAUCUUAUUCGAUAAUCAUGUUAAAUACCGAUCUUCAUAAUCCUCAAGUUAAGAAACAAAUGGCAUUAGAUGAAUAUAGAAGAAAUCUUCGUGGUGUUUAUAAUGGACAAGAUUUUCCUGAAUGGUAUCUUUCAAAAAUAUAUUUCUCCAUUAAAAGUAGAGAAAUCAUUAUGCCUGAAGAACAUCAUGGUACUGAUAAAUGGUUUGAUGAUAUUUGGAACAAUAUUGUUGUUACAACAAGUUCUAUACAAACAUUUAGUGAUAUCAAAAUUGAAGAAGUUGAUAAAGUAUUACUUUCACUGGUUUUCCCUCAAAUAAUAUCAACUAUAUUUCAUAUUUUCCAUCAUGCUAGAGAAGAUCAAGUUAUUACUACAUUAAUUGGUUAUGUUUAUAAAUUAACUCAAAUUUGUUUAAAAUUUGAAUUACAUUCAGAAAUUAGAAAAAUUGUUGAUAAAUUAAUCAAAUUCACUACUUUAACUCAUACACCUAAAAAACCAAAUGAAAUUUUAAUUACUGAAGUGAAAUUAGAUAAUAAAACUGCAAUUUAUGUUAGUGAUUAUGCUUGUUCAUUUGGUCGUGAUUUUAAAGCUCAAUUAUCAACGGUGGUAUUAUUUAAAAUCAUCAAGAAAAAUAAUCUUAAAUUGAAACAUUGGGAUAAAAUCGUGGAAAUUAUUGAAAAAUUAUAUCAAUAUUCAUUGAUUUUUGAUGAGAAUAUACCCAGUAAUGAUAAGGAUACUAAAGAAGAUAAUGAUGAAACCACUUCUGGUGAAAGUGACAAUUCAAUAUUGAAAUUGUUAUCAUCAAAAGAUAUUAAAAAAUUACCAAUUAAAAGAAUAACUAAUGAUCUGUUUCUUUCAAUAUUGAAAAAUUUGAUUGAUAAUCAACCUACUGAAGAAGAAAUUCAAUCAACUUUAGCAGCAAUGGAUUGUAUUAAAUCAUUAGAUAUCCCUAAUGUAUUAAGAAUUAUUGCUGAAUCCAAGAAAUAG